UCUUCUUCUCAGUAAAUCCCUGUUUUUUCUUUUCCUUUUUUCCCAAUAUCCGUUCCUCCGUAACCAUGCGCCUAAAUUCCAACAGUUUCCUUUCCGCUCGAUGCGCCUCCGUCUUUUAGCUGUUAAGAAAGAAAAAGAAAUCACAUCAUACGAAACAAAGAAAGAGAUAGUCGGUGUUGGAGAGGGAAGAAGAAGCGAGGGAAAAGGAAAAAUCCAAAAUGGCGUAUAGAGCCGACGACGAUUACGAUUACUUGUUCAAGGUUGUGCUGAUCGGCGACUCCGGCGUCGGGAAAUCGAACCUUCUGUCCCGUUUCACCAGGAACGAGUUCAGCCUCGAAUCCAAAUCCACGAUCGGGGUGGAGUUCGCUACUCGGAGCAUCCACGUCGAUGACAAGGUGGUCAAGGCCCAGAUUUGGGAUACCGCUGGUCAAGAAAGGUAUCGAGCAAUAACUAGCGCAUACUACCGAGGAGCAGUGGGAGCACUGCUAGUGUACGACGUGACACGCCACGUCACGUUUGAGAACGUGGAGAGGUGGCUGAAGGAGCUCCGGGACCACACUGAUGCCAACAUCGUCAUCAUGCUCGUCGGGAACAAGGCUGACCUGCGCCACCUGAGGGCAGUCUCAACCGAGGACUCCAAGUCGUUCGCGGAGCGAGAGAGCACCUUCUUCAUGGAGACAUCAGCUUUAGAGUCGAUGAACGUGGAGAAUGCAUUCACUGAGGUGCUCACCCAGAUCUACCGAGUCGUCAGCAGGAAGGCGCUUGAUAUUGGUGAUGAUCCUGCAGCAUUGCCUCGAGGACAGACGAUCAAUGUUGGUGGCAGAGAUGAUGUGUCGGCGGUUAAGAAGGCAGGCUGCUGCUCUUCUUAAAAAGGUUGGGGGUAAAGGAGAGCAAUGGAGGUCAAUUGAUCCUGUUCUGAAGAAGUGGAGAAUGAUGAGGUUUGAGAACAAGUUUGUUGCUUAAGGAAUAUGUAUUUGUUUAGGUGAUUGUAAUCUCCCCUGUUCAUAUAUAGACGCACAAGUUGAUUUAACUGUGAAAACUGAGAAUCCUAGUAAAGACAAACUAGUGUAGACCUGCUAACCAGAGAUAUCAAUUUCAAAUGUAGCAGUUCUAUUUCUUUACUUUCAAUGAUUGGUUGUUCACUUU